AUGAACUGACAUUACAGUUAGUAAUGGACGGCGGGAUACGGAGCCGGUGACAAACCGGGAGCGCUGCGGUUAGCAAGCGUCGCAAACAUGUUAACGCUGUGAAGGACGUAGCGCGGAAUCACGCGGACACUGACCGAGGAGAAGGCCGUCCAUGUCGAAGAUGACAUGAGUAACCGGCUUGAAAUCUGUCGUACAGCUCGCCGCCAUUUCCAGAGGAACCGAUGGCCGACGACGAGCUUCCCAGAGUUACAAUCCAGUGGAUGUCACGGAUAUAGUCCACCUCCGACCGAAAUCCUCCUCUGACCGUACCGUCAACGUAAAUAUAUUCUGAGGUCCACUUUUCGUCACACCCGGAAAACGGGCACGGAUUAAUAUUUUGGUUUGUCAGCCAUCUGAAUGUCAAUGUUGUGACCCAAACGUCGUGACGGAAGCGUAUUCCUCCAUCCACUCGGCACCGCUAUUGUUGUAACUGGUCUUACAAGCAACAAGCAAAACUGUCGAAGGCAAAUAUCCCUCCCUUUUACCUCGGGGAACAUGAAUAUCUUGGUGGCAUUCUUUCUACUAAACUUGGCAAAAGUAAAUCUGGGAGAAAGUACAAGUUCACAGCCCAACUAUGUUCUUAUCAUGGCUGAUGACCUUGGUAUUGGAGAUCUGGGAUGUUAUGGAAACACCACGCUGAGAACACCCCAUAUAGACAGCCUGGCAGAGGAUGGAAUAACGCUGACCCAGCACAUAGCUGCGUCCGCAUUAUGUACCCCAAGCAGAGCUGCUGUUCUGACCGGCCGGUAUCCAAUCAGGUCAGGAAUGACCAGCUACCAAAGAAUAGGCGUCUACAUUUUUGCAGCUGGGUCAGGCGGACUUCCUACAAAUGAGACAACCUUCGUCAAGCUGUUGAAAGAGCAAGGUUAUUCCACUGGGCUUGUUGGGAAGUGGCACCUUGGUUUAAAUUGUGAAUCGAGUGAAGAUCAUUGUCACCAUCCACUCCGCCACGGUUUUGACUAUUUUUAUGGCCUUCCGUUGACCAACCUACGUAACUGCAAACCCAACGGAGGCAACGUCAUCGGUGUGGGGUCCCGGAGUACAGUGCGCACCACGAUCCAGACUGUGACUCUGUCCCUCUUCACACUGCUGCUGCUGAACUUUCUCCAGCUUGUGAGAGUGCCGUGGAGAGCUCUGGGUUUCAUCCUUCUGGCUGUGGCUCUGUUACUCGCUGUCGUAUUGCUUUUCUUCUCCCAAUUUCGCAACCUCAACUGCAUCCUGAUGAGGAACUGGACAAUCAUUCAGCAGCCUUUUUCAUGUGAGAACCUUACACAGAGAAUGACCAAAGAGGCCACAAGCUUCAUGGAACGAAACUCGGACCGUCCAUUCCUGCUCUUUAUGUCUUUCAUACCUGUCCACACGGCACUCUAUGCAUCUCCAGAAUUUUUAGGAAAAAGUAAGCAUGGCUUGUAUGGUGACAGCGUGGAGGAGAUGGACUGGAGUGUAGGACAAAUCUUGGCUUCCUUGGAAAGGCUUAAUCUAAGCGACAGAACUCUGGUUUACUUCACCUCUGACCAAGGGGCCCAUGUUGAAGAGAUCUCUGACACUGGAGAGGUCCACGGAGGAUGGAAUGGUAUCUACAAGGGUGGAAAAUCAACAAACUGGGAAGGUGGUAUCCGGGUGCCCGGACUCCUCCGAUGGCCUGGAGUGUUAACAGCGGGCAGGAGCAUUGAUGAGCCUACCAGCAACAUGGAUCUCUUCCCGACGAUUGUCAAACUCUCAGAAGCCACAAUGCCAACAGACCGGAUCAUCGAUGGCCACGACCUGAUGCCUCUGUUACUAGGUGAAGUACAGCAGUCGGGACAUGAGUUUCUCUUCCACUACUGUAAUAGCUACUUAAGUGCAGUUCGCUGGCAUCCAAGGCACAGUUCCUCUCUAUGGAAAGCUCACUUUUUCACACCAAACUUCUAUCCAGAGGGAAAACAGGGUUGCUUCGACACACAUGUUUGCUUGUGCUACGGAGACUUUGUCAGUCAUCAUGACUACCCUUUGCUCUACGACCUCUUGAGGGACCCAUCAGAAUCAUUGCCAUUGACACCUAGCUCGGAAUCCCAAUAUCACCAGAUUCUGGAAGUGAUGCGGAAGGCUGUAAGCAAGCACCAGGAGACACUGACCCCAGUGCCUGAUCAGUUAUCACUAAAUAAUGUGAUUUGGAAGCCUUGGCUCCAACCAUGCUGCAGCACUGUGUGGAACCACUGUAAUUGUGAUAAAGAAAGGAACAGAAGCACAGCUUUGGAUUGAACAAUGGAUUAGAUACAACUCCCUCAUCUGAGGCCUGAGGAAAGAAGUGCAUUUGGGAUAGCUGUAUUUUUCUUUCCCUCUCUCAUUGUUUGCUAUGUACAGUCUUUCCUCCCCUUUUUUCUUUAUUUUUGCUUUCUGCCUCCCAUGCUCUUUCUCGCGCUCUCUUUCUCUCACUAUCUCUCUCUCUCACUCACUCUGUUUCCUCUAACAUGGACACUCUCUCUCUGUCCUUCUUUACAAACAUUCUAUCUUUCUCAUUCCCCUGUCAUUACAUUUAUUUGGAGUAAUAUACUGGCUGCGACCUGCUGCUUUUGAACUGAGAAUGAUACACCCAUGCAUCACUGAGUGUUCUACCAAAUUCAGGUUCAUGCAGGGUUGAAGAAAAUUUUCUGUAAAUCUAACAGUCCCCCAAAUCUAAUUUGGAAGUAUUUGACACGUUUGAAGAAGACAGAAUGCUGUUCUCAAUCUUGUUCUUGUUUUUAAUUCCCUUCAUGAGUUUGGCCACUUAGCAGCUACUGUUCUCCAGUUCUACAUAGCUCCAAAGUCCACCCCUGACAUUCUCCCAGGUGAGAAUGACUUGAGCCUUCAACUGCCUGACUCCUCCUCUCCAAGAAUUCCUUCAGUACAGCCUCUCCAUCUCUGUUCUCUGCUUCUGAAUGCUUUCUCAACAGCGAAUUAUUUAACUGAACAUUUAAUCUCUCUUCCUAAUGCCUCCUUUCCUCACUAACUGUUUUCAAUAUGUCACCUGUAAAGCACCUUGGGACCUUAUGACAGAUUUAAGUCCAUCAAUUGUGGCUAUUGACAUUCUUUUAUUAAUGAGCACAAAAUCCGCAAUACUGUAAAUAGGAAAAAGCCUGACUCCAGUUUCAACACGUGCUGCCAGGCAGGGUUGUGAUCAUUAUUGAUAACAUCUAUCCAGUCUAUAUUGAGAUGUGUUGACCUCAGUUCAGGCAUUGAUAUUAUAUAAUAUAUAUCACCUAUAUUAAUCAUUCCUUUACUAUGCAAAAGAAGGAAAGGGAGAGAAGCCCAUUCGUAUCCUGAUGGUUUUGUUCUGAUCUCAGGGAGGAGUUGGGUUUUCACAAGCACUUGCCUAAUCAACAAGAGAAAAUCUUGAUCUUCUACUGACUUCAGCAUUUACAGAAGACCAACAGACGUCAACUUCAGGAUGUGCUGUAAUAGUAGCAAGCUGUAUCUCAUGGCCUGAGAGGGGUAUUACACAGAGAAGCAUCUCAGCAAUCUCUAUGACUGCAUAACUGACUAAUACCUCAUGCACUGCAUGGUGCUGCAACAUGUCCCCUAGCAGCAAGACCACAGAAGGUGUGCCACUGUACAGAUUUUGCAUAUGUCCGGUGUCCUAUAGGAAAAAUUGGGAUUUCAGAAUUGGUUGUACAAAGUGAAAUUAAGACUCGCAUUUAUAUAGGUGCAUUUCAGGACCUCACGUUGUCUCAAAGUGCUUCACAGCCAUGGAGAUACUGCUGAAGUGCAGGCACCGUUGUAAUGUAGGAAAUCAACGGAGUUGCAUUAAAAAUAGGGUUAAAAGCAAAAAUAAUCAUGGCCACUUAGGAUCAUUUGAAACAGUUUUAUCUUUAAGGAAGUUAUUGAGACAUUUCAGAGGAGCAAGCAGUUGCUCAGUCCUUCCUAACUCUCUGAACAUAACUCGGUCUUUGAGAUUUAUUUUAUAUAUACAAUGUCCUCAGAUAUAAACUGUGAUUGCUAAUGUUGGAAUAGAUAUUUUACAAAAGGGAUUUUCAAAUAAAAAAGACACAGAUACAAA